CCCGCCGCGCACUCCAACUCCGGCUCCGUCUGCGGCUCGUCCGCGUUGCCGGCUUCUAGCCGCCCGCCGGAGCCUCGCCGACCCCUCCCCGCCGGCCCGCCGCCUCCCCGCGCCAUGGCUGGGGCCCCGGGCCCGGCCGCCCACCGCCCGCCGCCCCUGGCGCCCCACGGGCUCAGCUGAUCCUGAAUUGACCGGGGGCGAGUGGCGGGGCUGGAGGUCCCCCUCGAUUUCUGGCUUCGGGGGACGCGUCGCCCCCGCGUCUCUAACCUGGACGACCCCCCGCUGCCCCAAGUCCAUGCCCAGGCUCCCCGCUGCGCGCUGACAUGGCUGAGAGCUCCUCUCCGCCCUCCUCUUCUGCCGCGGCCCUGGCCCCUGAGCCAGGAGUCACGGAGCAGCCGGGGCCCCGGAGCGCCCCGCCCUCCCCCCCAGGCCUGGAGGAGCCCCCAGAUGGAGCCGACCCGGACGUGCCCCACCCGGACCUGGCGCCUGUUGCCUUCUUCUGUCUGCGCCAGACCACCAGCCCCCGGAACUGGUGCAUCAAGAUGGUGUGCAACCCGUGGUUUGAGUGUGUCAGCAUGUUGGUAAUCCUGCUGAACUGCGUGACCCUGGGCAUGUACCAGCCGUGUGACGACAUGGACUGCCUGUCCGACCGCUGCAAGAUCCUGCAGGUCUUUGACGACUUCAUCUUCGUCUUCUUCGCCAUGGAGAUGGUGCUCAAGAUGGUAGCCCUGGGCAUUUUUGGCAAGAAGUGCUACCUUGGGGACACCUGGAACCGACUGGACUUCUUCAUCGUCAUGGCUGGGAUGGUGGAGUACUCGCUGGACCUGCAGAACAUCAACCUGUCGGCCAUCCGCACCGUGCGCGUCCUGAGGCCCCUCAAAGCCAUCAACCGUGUGCCCAGUAUGCGGAUCCUGGUGAACCUGCUCCUGGACACGCUGCCCAUGCUGGGGAACGUCCUCCUGCUCUGCUUCUUCGUCUUCUUCAUCUUCGGCAUCAUCGGCGUGCAGCUGUGGGCGGGUCUGCUGCGCAACCGCUGCUUCCUGGAGGAGAACUUCACCAUACAAGGGGAUGUGGCCCUGCCCCCCUACUACCAGCCGGAGGAGGACGACGAGAUGCCCUUCAUCUGCUCCCUCUCGGGGGACAACGGCAUCAUGGGCUGCCACGAGAUCCCGCCGCUCAAGGAGCAGGGCCGCGAGUGCUGUCUGUCCAAGGACGACGUCUACGACUUCGGGCCGGGGCGCCCGGACCCCAACGCCAGCGGGCUCUGCGUCAACUGGAACCGCUACUACAACGUGUGCCGCACGGGCAGCGCCAACCCGCACAAGGGCGCCAUCAACUUCGACAACAUCGGCUACGCCUGGAUCGUCAUCUUCCAGGUGAUCACUCUGGAGGGCUGGGUGGAGAUCAUGUACUACGUGAUGGAUGCGCACUCCUUCUACAACUUCAUCUAUUUUAUCCUGCUCAUCAUAGUGGGCUCCUUCUUCAUGAUCAACCUGUGCCUCGUUGUCAUAGCGACCCAGUUCUCGGAGACCAAGCAGCGGGAGCACCGGCUGAUGCUGGAGCAGCGGCAGCGCUACCUGUCCUCCAGCACGGUGGCCAGCUACGCCGAGCCCGGCGACUGCUACGAGGAGAUCUUCCAGUACGUCUGCCACAUCCUGCGCAAGGCCAAGCGCCGGGCCCUGGGCCUCUACCAGGCCCUGCAGAGCCGGCGCCAGGCUCCCCCAGGCCCGGGGGUCCCCACCUCCGCCAAGCCCGGCCCCCGCGCCAAGGAGCCCAGGCACUUCAAGCUGUGCCCAAGACACAGCCCGCUGGACCCGACGCCCCACACGCUGGUGCAGCCCAUCUCUGCCAUGCUGGCCUCCGACCCCGCCAGCUGCCCCCGCUGCCAGCAGGAGGUGGGCCGGCGGCCCUCGGGCCUGGGCAGCACUGACUCGGGCCAGGAGGGCUUGGGCUCGGGCGGCUCCGGCAGUGGUGAGGACGAGGUGGAGGGGGAUGGCUCCCGGAGCAGUGAGGAGGGGACCUCCUCGGGGCUGGAGAAGGAGGACGAGGAGGAGCAGGCGGACGGGGCCGCCCGGCUGUGCGGGGACGUGUGGCGGGAGACGCGAGCCAAGCUGCGCGGCAUCGUGGACAGCAAGUACUUCAACCGCGGCAUCAUGAUGGCCAUCCUGGUCAACACCGUCAGCAUGGGCAUCGAGCACCACGAGCAGCCCGAGGAGCUGACCAACAUCCUGGAGAUCUGCAACGUGGUCUUCACCAGCAUGUUCGCGCUGGAGAUGCUGCUGAAGCUGGCCGCCUUCGGGCUCUUUGACUACCUGCGCAACCCCUACAACAUCUUCGACAGCGUCAUCGUCAUCAUCAGCAUCUGGGAGAUCGUGGGGCAGGCGGACGGCGGGCUCUCCGUGCUGCGGACCUUCCGGCUGCUGCGGGUGCUGAAGCUGGUGCGUUUCAUGCCGGCGCUGCGGCGCCAGCUCGUGGUGCUCAUGAAGACCAUGGACAACGUGGCCACCUUCUGCAUGCUGCUCAUGCUCUUCAUCUUCAUCUUCAGCAUCCUCGGGAUGCACAUCUUCGGCUGCAAAUUCAGCCUCCGGACGGACACGGGCGACACGGUCCCCGACAGGAAGAACUUCGACUCCCUGCUGUGGGCCAUCGUCACGGUGUUCCAGAUCCUCACCCAGGAGGACUGGAACGUUGUCCUCUACAACGGCAUGGCCUCCACCUCGCCCUGGGCCUCCCUCUACUUCGUUGCCCUCAUGACCUUCGGCAACUACGUGCUCUUCAACCUGCUGGUGGCCAUCCUGGUGGAAGGCUUCCAGGCGGAGGGCGACGCCAAUCGCUCCUACUCGGAUGACGACCAGAGUUUGUCCAACGUGGAGGAGUUUGACAAGCUCCAGGAGGGCCUGGACGGCGGCGGAGAUCCCAAGCUCUGCCCAAUUCCUCUGACCCCCAAUGGGCACCUGGACCCCAAUCUGCCUCUGGGCGGACACCUGGGCCCUGCUGGGGCUGCAGCACCUGCUCGCCUGUCGCUGCAGCCGGACCCCAUGCUGGUGGCCCUGGGCUCCCGCAAGAGCAGCGUCAUGUCCCUGGGGAGGGUGAGCUAUGACCAGCGCUCCCUGUCCAGCUCCCGGAGCUCCUACUACGGGCCCUGGGGCCGCAGCGGGGCCCGGGCCAGCCGCCGCUCCAGCUGGAACAGCCUCAAGCACAAGCCGCCGUCCGCGGAGCACGAGUCCCUGCUCUCCGCUGAGCGGGGCGGCGGUGCCCGGGCCUGCGAGGGCGCCUGCGAGGAGGGGGGGCCGCCGCCACGGGCCGCACCCCUGCAUACCCCGCAUGCCCACCACGCGUAUCACGGUCCCCCCCACGUGGUGCACCGUCACCACCACCACCACCGCCGGACGCUGUCCCUCGACACCAGAGACUCGGUGGACCUGGUGGAGCUGGGGCCCGCUGCGGGCCCCCACCCCCGGGCCGCCUGGAGGGCAGCGGGCCUGGCGCCCGGGCACGAGGACUGCAACGGCCGGAUGCCCAGCAUCGCCAAGGAGGUCUUCACCAAGAUGAACGACCGCCGCGACCAGGCGCAGGAUGAGGAGGAGGCUGACUACACUCUGUGCUUCCGCAUGCGCAAGAUGGUUGACGCCUACAAGCCGGACUGGUGCGAGGUCCGCGAGGACUGGUCUGUCUACCUCUUCUCUCCCGAGAACAGGUUCCGCGUCCUGUGCCAGACCAUCAUUGCCCACAAGCUCUUCGACUACGUGGUCCUGGCCUUCAUCUUCCUCAACUGCAUCACCAUCGCCCUGGAGCGGCCCCAGAUUGAGGCUGGCAGCACCGAACGCAUAUUCCUCACCGUGUCCAACUACAUCUUCACAGCCAUCUUCGUGGGCGAGAUGACGCUGAAGGUGGUCUCGCUGGGUCUGUACUUCGGCGAGCAGGCGUACCUGCGCAGCAGCUGGAACGUGCUGGACGGCUUUCUAGUCUUCGUGUCAAUCAUCGACAUUGUGGUGUCCUUGGCCUCGGCCGGUGGAGCCAAGAUCCUGGGGGUCCUCCGGGUCCUGCGGCUCUUGCGCACCCUGCGGCCCCUGCGUGUCAUCAGCCGGGCACCUGGCCUGAAGCUGGUGGUGGAGACGCUCAUCUCCUCCCUGAAGCCCAUCGGCAACAUUGUCCUCAUCUGCUGUGCCUUCUUCAUCAUCUUCGGCAUCUUGGGGGUGCAGCUCUUCAAGGGCAAGUUCUACCACUGUCUCGGGGUGGACACCCGCAACAUCACCAACCGUUCCGACUGCAUGGCCGCCAACUACCGCUGGGUCCACCACAAGUACAACUUCGACAACCUGGGCCAGGCGCUGAUGUCACUCUUUGUCCUGGCCUCCAAGGACGGCUGGGUGAACAUCAUGUACAAUGGACUGGAUGCUGUUGCUGUGGACCAGCAGCCCGUGGCCAACCACAACCCCUGGAUGCUGCUCUACUUCAUCUCCUUCCUGCUCAUCGUCAGCUUCUUCGUGCUCAACAUGUUCGUGGGCGUCGUGGUGGAGAACUUCCACAAGUGCCGGCAGCACCAGGAGGCCGAGGAGGCGCGGCGGCGCGAGGAGAAGCGGCUGCGGCGCUUGGAAAAGAAGCGCCGGAAGGCCCAGCGGCUGCCGUACUAUGCCACCUACUGCCCCACCCGGCUGCUCAUCCACUCCAUGUGCACCAGCCACUACCUGGACAUCUUCAUCACCUUCAUCAUCUGCCUCAAUGUGGUCACCAUGUCCCUGGAGCACUACAACCAGCCAACGUCCCUGGAGACGGCCCUCAAGUACUGCAACUACCUAUUCACCACGGUCUUUGUGCUGGAGGCUGUGCUGAAGCUGGUGGCCUUCGGCCUGAGGCGCUUCUUCAAGGACCGGUGGAACCAGCUGGACCUGGCCAUCGUGCUGCUGUCAGUCAUGGGCAUCACGCUGGAGGAGAUCGAGAUCAACGCGGCCCUGCCCAUCAACCCCACCAUCAUCCGCAUCAUGCGGGUGCUGCGCAUCGCCCGGGUGCUGAAGCUGUUGAAGAUGGCCACGGGAAUGCGGGCCCUGCUGGACACGGUGGUGCAAGCUCUGCCCCAGGUGGGCAACCUGGGCCUCCUCUUCAUGCUGCUCUUCUUCAUCUAUGCCGCCCUGGGGGUGGAGCUCUUUGGGAAGCUGGUCUGCAACGACGAGAACCCGUGCGAGGGCAUGAGCCGGCACGCCACCUUCGAGAACUUCGGCAUGGCCUUCCUCACGCUCUUCCAGGUCUCCACCGGCGACAACUGGAACGGGAUCAUGAAGGACACGCUGCGGGACUGCACCCACGACGAGCGCAGCUGCCUGAGCAGCCUGCAGUUCGUGUCGCCGCUGUACUUCGUCAGCUUCGUGCUCACGGCCCAGUUCGUGCUCAUCAACGUGGUGGUGGCGGUGCUCAUGAAGCACCUGGAUGACAGCAACAAGGAGGCCCAGGAGGACGCCGAGAUGGACGCGGAGCUCGAGCUGGAGAUGGCCCAGGGCCUCGGGCCCAGCCCGCGGCCGCCUGCCGGCUCCCCGGGUGCACCCGGCCGGGCGCCGGGGGGGCCCGGCUGCGGGGGAGACUCGGAAGGCCGCCUGUGCCGGCACUGCUACUCUCCAGCCCAGGAGAAUCUGUGGCUGGACAGCGUCUCUUUAAUCAUCAAGGACUCCCUGGAGGGGGAACUGACCAUCAUCGACAACCUGUCUGGCUCCAUCUUCCACCACUACUCCUCGCCGGCCGGCUGCCGGAGGUGCCACCACGACAAGCAGGAGGUGCAGCUGGCCGAGACGGAAGCCUUCUCCCUGAACUCAGACAGGUCCUCAUCCAUCCUGCUGGGCGAUGACCUGAGUCUCGAGGACCCCACAGCCUGCCCACUUCGCCCUAAGGACAGCAAGGAGGAGCCGGACCCGCCAGAGCCCGGGCUUGGGGGAGACCUGGGUGAAUGCUUCUUCCCCUUGUCCAACACGGCUGUGUCCUCGGGCCCAGAGAACUUCCUGUGCGAGAUGGAGGCCGUCCCGUUCAACCCCGUCAGGUCCUGGCUGAAACACGAGAGCAGCCAAGCAGCACCUUCCAGCCCACUCCUGCCCAUGCCCGCGGAGUUCUUCCACCCCGCCGUGUCCGCCAGCCAGAAGGGUCAGGAGAAGGGCGCCGGUGCCGGGACCCUCCCCAAGAUCGCCCUGCAGGGCUCCUGGGCGUCCCUGCGGUCACCGAGCGUCAACUGCACCCUCCUCCGGCAGGCCACUGGGAGCGACACGUCCCUGGAGGCCAGCCGCAGCAGCUCGGCGGGCAGCCUGCAGACCACGCUGGAGGACAGCCUGACGCUGAGCGACAGUCCCCGGUGCGCCCUGGGGCCGCCCGCGCCCACCCCGGGCCCCCGGGCUGGCCUGUCUCCCACCGCCCGCCGCCGCCUCAGCCUUCGGGGCCGGGGCCUUUUCAGCCGGCGGGGGCUGGGCGCGCAUCAGCGCAGUCACAGCAGCGGGGGCUCCACCAGCCCGGGAUGCACCCACCACGACUCCAUGGACCCCUCGGACGAGGAGGGCGCGGGCCGCGGCGGCGCGGGCGGCGGGGGCGGGGGCAGCGAGCACUCGGAGACCCUCAGCAGCCUCUCGCUCACCUCCCUCUUCUGCGCGCCGCCCGCGCCGCCGGGGCUGCCGCCCGCCAGGAGGUUCAGCAGCACCAGCAGCCUGGCCACCGGCCCCGGUCGCUCCCGCGCCGCCGCCGUGGGACCCCACGGCCUGGCCCGGAGCCCCUCCUGGGCCGCGGACCGCAGCAAGGACCCGCCCGGCCCGGCGGAGCCCCCGGGAGAGCCGCAGCCCGCAGACGCUGCGAGCAAGAGGAAGAGAUGAGGGCCGCAGGGGCCCCGCGCCGCCGCCGCCACCUGCCCCGUCUCACCUUCUUUACCUCAGGAGCCAGGGGGAAGACAGCAAUACUUGGCCCGCAACCUGGGCGCCGCGCAGCAGGGCCGGCCCGCGCCAGGCUGCCGGGAGCACGGCGGAGCCCUGUCUGGGGGGCCGGGGCCCGGCUGUGGCCCGGCCACGGUCCUUCCCAUGCAGAUACAUGUGUAUAUAUAUGUAUGCAUAUAUAUAGAGAGAGACAGACAUAUAUAUAUAUUUAUUUUUUUUACCGAGAGUUUACGACUUCCAGAAAGUGCUAAAGUUGGGGAGUGCGGGCCGGGGCCCAGACGGGGCUUUUUGCCUGAUGCUUGGGACCCAGGCCACACCUGCCCUGGGGCAGACGGUCCUGCUGGGGCAUAGGCACCCCUACUUUUGGGGGUCUCCCCUUGGGUUUGGAGUAGCUUGGAGAGGGCUCUCAGUUCUCCGAGGGUCCCAUGGUCCAGGAGACAGGCCCAGAAAAAGAGGUGUCAUUCAGGGUGCGUUUUUUCCUUUCAAGAAGAGAUGCUGCUAAGACCCCACCCCUCCCCCACGUAUUGGGGUGUCUGUCUUGUUCCUGACCGUCUAGCUGCGUGGACAGUCUUUUGUAGGCUCCCAGAGUCCACAGACUCUUAGUCCCCCAGUUGUGUUUCUCUAGAAAAAUCAGGGGCGAUAGCUGUAUUUUCUUAGGGCUGGGAUGGGUGGAGAGCCGCUCCACGGCUGGGCGGGGGGGCGGGCCCCUGUCCCAGCGGGCACCCCCCAGGGCGGGGUCUGCUGUGGCCUUGCUCCCAGGAAGAUGUGGGCAGGACUGAGGCAGCAGGAGAUGGAGAACAGUGAAGCGGGGUGAGCAGGCCUUGCGUAGGUCAAGGGCACCACCUGGUCUAUGCUGGCCACGGCCUUUCACCCUCCAGGUGGGAGCAGGGGCGGGGCGGCUGCCUGGGACCAGCUCCCCCUAAGGAGCUCCUCAGCUCCUUCCUACCCUGUCACCUGGAGGCCCCACCCCGCCCUCCACCUGUCUCAUUUCCUCCACCUUCCCAAAGCUGGAGGUGAGGUUCCCUGCAGAAACGCUACUCAAACAGAUGUGCAGACAGGCAUUUUUUUCUUUGAAGAGUUAUGCAUUUAUUUCAGUGUUUAUUAGGAAGAAAGCAGUGUGCUCAACCCACGAUUUCACAAACGUAUUGCUUAAGUCAAGGCCGAGGUUUUAAAAGCGAGUAGGUCAGUCUCAAGAAGGCCGGGAACGUGGUGGCAGAGUCGCGGGGCGGGAGCUGAGGCGAGUCUGGGGCCCAGCUGCGCUUCAGCAAUAACCAGGCCCGUGGCCUUCCAGAUCUCAGGCGGUCUCCGGCGGGCCUGUCCUUGUCCCAAACCCUGACCUUAAAGUGCUUGGCUUCUGGCCAGGCUGCCCAGUGGCGUGAGGUGGGGGUAGCUGCUUGGACAGGCUCUGGGUGUCUCCCAGGCUGGCAGAGCCACCCGUGGGGCCUGGCCACUGUAGCAAAGGGAGGAGGUAAUGAGUGGCCUAAGCUCAGUGGGCCGGAAAGCCCUCCUCUCAGUAGCUGGGGGUGGAGGUGGGGAUGAGGCGCAGGGGCCAGCCCGGGAUCCCUCAGGGCCCUGGCAGCAAAGAGGCCGCCCGUCUCCCCAACCCCGCGGGGCCAGCACCGGAGCACUUGGGAUGUAAGGAUCGGCCUGGGUUCAAAGAGGGCGGGCCCAAGAGGCAGAGCCCGGCCGGGGGCCUCUGGUGGUACCGUGGAGUUGGGCUGGCGUGGCAGGCAGACCUGAACUUGCCCCUGCACCCUGAGAGCUUCCCUCUCCUCGCCCCACAGGGUGGACGGUGGGCCGGCCUCGGCGAGGAUACAGACGCUGGGGCCCAGCACUGGGCUUCCUCCCGGGACAGCAACCUCCAGGGUGAGGGCUCAGCCCAGCCCUUUCUCUCAGGGAGCAGGUGGACCUGGGGUCUUGUGACCCUCUGCCCCGGGCGUCCCCACACCUGGUGGGGGGGGGGGGGGCUGUGCACAGGGCCGGAGCCUCUGGACCAGCCUUCCUUGCUCUGCUGACUGGUUCCCUGUGGGGUGCUCGUCUGGGGGAGGAGCGGGCACAGGGAGGCCUGGCUGGCGCACCCUGCCCGCCAGCACCGUGGGGGCUCCCAGCAGAGGAGUUAGAGGGGGGCAGCACACACGUAAGUCGGCACGGUUAGUCAGCAUGUCUCUCUCGAGAGCCUUGUAUGCAGCAGCCUGGAAGGGGGCAGGCGGCGGGGCCUGGGGAGGCCACACGGAGGAAGUUAACUGGGCUCACCUGGCUGGGUUCAGAGGGCCUGCCUUUGGCACCUGUCAGCAGCUCCCGCUUCCUGGGCCCAGGUGCACCCUGUUUAAUACGCACGGAGGCCCAGAGCGGCGUGCACGGAGCAGGGGGGUGAUUUCCGUGGAGUCGCCGGGUAACAUAGGGCUGGGUAGACAACACCCCGGGUGUGCCUGACUGGAAGUCAUCCCUUUACCCCGAACCUUGGGGUCCCAAAACGAGCAGGCACGUGGGGAGGGCCGUCCAGGCAAAGGGGCUUACCGGAGCUCGGGCACGCAGGGGAGAGGGCAGGACAGAGCAGGGUGGGGCCAGCCAAGCCCGGAGGAGGGAAGCUUUGCCUGGGGAGUCACGGGAGGCGGGUCUGGUUCCCGGGGGGCCCCUGUGCUCGUCCAGGGCCCUGGGGACACCGAGGCUGUGAUUGGCUGGCCCGGACCAGCUGAAAUGGAUAAGGUGGGGUGAAUGGCCCCUCGGCCCUUCCUGAUUCUAGAGCCUGUCCAUCACAAAAGCACAACCGUACCCUCACCCCCCAUGGACCUGGCCCUGGGGCAAGUGGGGACCCCGGUGUGGAGCACCCCAAGCUCUCUGUGGGGCUCUGCGGAGUGGCGGCUGGCAGGCCCCGUGGCAUCUGCGCAGAUGGACCUAGGACCCGCUGGGGCUGUGGCCUGCCCCAGCCACAGCCUCCUCCCGUCGCCUGCCUGUCCUUCCCCUGCACCAGGCGGCGCCCCAAAGGACGCAGUGUGCACAGUGCCAGCCCGUCUGUCUGCCUGUCUUCCCCCAGACCCUGCCCCCCGGGAGCCUUCAGUUUCCAGGGUUGCCUCCAGCCCCCGUCGCUGCGCCGUGUGAGGGCUUGGGGUCUUAGAAGCUUCUGUUUAGCCCAGAUACACAUACUCUUUUCGUCUUUGUGCAAUAAUCCGUGUUCCUGG